UCAUUCGUCUCAUCCCCCAAACACAUACAGGGUCUCUAAUAAGUUUCCCUUUUGCCUCCCCUUCUUAUUCUUCUCUCUCCGCUUGCUGCGAAAUCUAUGGACUACAACAGGGCAAGUUCACCGUACGAUCAACAGUACCCUAUGUACAGAACUUCCUCUUCGUCGUCGGCGCCCUCAAGCCACCCUAUGUAUGGACAAUCUCUUUAUCCGAGAAUCGGUCAACAGGGGCAGACGGCCGUUCCUCCUGUUGCCCGCCACUCCUCAUAUCACCAAACCUCUGCUUCUUCGCCCUCCUCUUCAGGAUUAGGCAUUCGAGUUGCUUUAAAGCCAGAGUAUCGGAUCACUCCUCCGCCUCAGUUGUCACCAGAACUGGGAGAUAUUCCACGGAGUAACUUCCAGUUUGAUUUUGAGUUUGAGCGAAAAAUUUUGGCUGAAGCUGAGAAGGAAACCCAGAACUGGAGCAGGCUUGGGUUGGAAAAUCUUCCAUCUAAACCAACAGAAUCAGCUUCUUCAUUGGGUUCAACUGUAGAUCCUGUAGUGAGCAAAUAUAUUGCAUCAGGACUCAAUCGAGAAGCUGUUCGUCUUGCUGUUGCUAACUAUGGUGACAAUCCGACUAAGGUUCAGGAAUUUGUCAAUGGCUACACCCUUUUAAGAGAAAUGGGAUUUGCAUCGAACAAUGUUGCUGAAGCUUUACACAUGUACGACAAUGACGCAGACAAGGCAUUGACACAUUUUCUUAACAGCACAUCGUAAACAUACUGGAAACGUGUGGCUGAAUCCUGAAUGAGCGUGGUGUGGUGUGGUGGCAUACCACUAUACAAGGGCAUCCUGGCCUUACUCUCUUUGUAAAAUUAUGUGCAACCGCCUUACACUUUACCUACAUAUAAUAUUACUUAUUGUAAACAUCCCUUAAAGUUAUGCACCAACUAUUUAUAUUGUAAACAUACUCGUUUGCAUUAAUUGUGCUAUUGCUUUUACCUGUUCUAA